AUGUUUACGGGUACGCUGCGAUUGAAAGUAUGCGAGGCGAUCGGACUGCGGCCGACCGACUUUCAGACACGGCACACGAUGACAUUUGGCCGGCUCGGUGAUCAGCUCAUCGAUCCGUACGUGUCGAUAGAUGUCGACGAGAAGUUCAUAGAUCGGUCCACCACAAAGCCACGUACCUUCGAUCCGGUGUGGAACGAGAGCUUCAUACAUGAGGUGGAGAACGCGAACGUGCUCGGGAUGACAAUCUUCCACGAAGGACCUAUCACGGACGUGUUCGUGGCCAACACGACAAUACCGUUCGAGGAUCUGGUCACGCGCAACGAGUCGGAGCAGCAGGACUUUUGGGUCGAUCUCGAACCACAAGGCCGGCUGCACGUGAAGAUCGAUCUCCGAUGGACGCAGGACGCCAACAAUGUAGCCUCGCAGAACUCGUGCCGCCGGGCCGUCGUCAAGGAUCAGCCAUUUUUAAAUCGCCGCCGCGGUGCUAUGAGAAGGCGUGUUCAUCAGGUUAAUGGUCACAAGUUUAUGGCCACAUUCCUGCGUCAACCGACAUUCUGUUCCCACUGUCGUGAAUUCAUAUGGGGAUUAGGCAAACAGGGCUAUCAGUGUCAAGUUUGCACGUGCGUCGUCCACAAGCGGUGCCAUAGUUCGGUCGUAACCAAAUGUCCAAAGAAAAAGGAUGAGCAAACCAAACCGACACCAACGGAAGCAGCCCAACGGUUCAAUGUAAAUAUGCCACAUAGGUUUUCAGUGCACUCGUUCAAACGGCUGACGUUCUGUGAUCACUGCGGGUCGCUGCUGUACGGUAUUAUCAGGCAGGGGCUAAAGUGUGAGGUGUGCAGCAUGAAUAUCCACCGGCGCUGCGAAGGCAACGUGGCGAACAAUUGCGGCAUCAACACCAAGCAGCUGGCGGAGCUGCUAAACGAGAUGGGCAUCACCAUGGAUAAAACACCACCCCGUAGAUCUAAGUACUCUAACCAAACGCCUAGUGAUAACCUAUCGAUGUCGGAGCGCUCGGACGAUACGAGCUCGCUGGACACACUCUCCACCAAAAGUGGGGCAGAAAGUGAGCUCGGCGCUCACCACCUGGGCGCGGCAGCCAUGCACGGUGGUGGACGUGGUCAAACGUCCAAAUCUGGCGGCCCUGCAAUGGGCAUGCUGGUGAAUCUAGGCACCGACGACGAUGGGAAUGCGCGACCUAUGCCGGGCAAGGUGUGCCUGAACGAUUUCAACUUCAUCAAGGUGCUGGGCAAGGGUUCGUUCGGCAAGGUGAUGCUGGCGGAAAAGAAGGGCACGGACGAGGUGUACGCGAUCAAGGUGCUGAAGAAGGACGUAAUCCUGCAGGACGACGAUGUGGAUUGUACGAUGACGGAGAAACGCAUACUGGCGCUGGCCGCCAAGCAUCCGUUCCUGACGGCGCUGCACUCGUGCUUCCAGACGCCCGACCGGCUGUUCUUCGUGAUGGAGUACGUGAACGGUGGCGAUCUGAUGUUCCAGAUACAACGGGCCCGCAAGUUCGACGAGCCGCGGGCAGCGUUCUAUGCCGCUGAGGUAACGCUUGCGUUGCAGUUUCUCCACCGUAACGGUGUCAUCUACCGUGAUCUGAAGCUGGACAAUAUACUGCUCGACGCGGAAGGUCACUGCAAGCUGGCCGACUUUGGCAUGUGCAAGGAGGGUAUCACCGGCGACAACCUAACGUCCACGUUUUGCGGUACGCCCGACUACAUUGCGCCCGAGAUACUGCAGGAGCUCGAUUACGGACCGUCGGUCGAUUGGUGGGCGCUCGGUGUGCUGAUGUACGAAAUGAUGGCCGGACAACCACCGUUCGAGGCGGACAACGAGGACGAUCUGUUCGAGGCGAUCCUGCGCGACGACGUCCUGUAUCCGGUUUGGCUUUCCCGGGAAGCAGUAUCGAUUCUGAAAGGAUUUAUGACCAAAAAUGCGGCAAAGCGGUUAGGCUGCACCGAUGGAGAAAACCAAAUCCGAAGUCAUCCAUUCUUCAAAGAUAUGGACUGGGAGGCGCUGGAGCAGCGCAAAGUUCGACCACCAUUCCGGCCACGAGUGCGAAGUGCUCGCGAUGCACUAAACUUCGAUACCGAGUUCACGAAGGAGGACCCGGUACUAACGCCGGUACCGAACGAUAUCAUACGAUGCAUCAAUCAGGACGAGUUUUCCGGCUUUUCGUUCACGAAUCCGGAGUUUGGGCCGGAAAGGAAAAUUGUUUGCUAAGUUGCCGAUUGGGUGUAUUUAGUUGAAUCAAUUCCGG